ACUAAGAGCUGCCUGCAAGUGUUUGCGAGAAUGGCCUCUAGCCCUUUCUCAGAAGAGGAUUUCUCCUGUCCUGUGUGCUGUGAAGUCUUCAAGGACCCUGUCCUCCUGUCCUGUACCCAUAGCGUGUGUCAGUCUUGCCUACAGCAGUUUUGGAAAGCCAAAGGGUCGACCGAAUGUCCAGUCUGUCGACAGAGAUCCUCUAACCACGACCCCCCUCUCAAUCGGCACCUUAAACACCUGUGUGAAGCUUUCUUACAGCAGAGCAUUAGGAAAGAACCCAUCUGCAGUUUACACCAGUCAGAGCUGAAGCUCUACUGUGAAGAUGACAAACAGCUUGUGUGUUUGGUGUGUCGAGACUCGAAGCUGCAUCGAAACCACAACUUCAGCCCCAUCACUGAGGCAGCCCAGGAGUGCAAGGAGCGACUGGACCUCAUUCUGACACCCUUGUGCAAGAAACUGGAGGGUUUCAAUGAAGCAAAACUCAAUUAUGAGAAAACUGCAAAGCACAUAAGGGUUCAGACCCAAGACACAGAGAGGCAAAUUAAGCAGGAGUUUGAGCAGCUUCACCGGUUUCUACGAAAUGAAGAGGCUGCCAGAUUAGCUGCACUGAGGGAGGAACAGAAGCAGAAGAGUGAAAUGAUGAAGAGGAAGAUUGAGAAAAAUGAUCAAGACAUCUUGUCUCUGUCAGACACAAUCAGAGCCAUGAGAGAAAUCGGAAAAGAUGAUAUCACAUUCUCACAGAACUACCAUAGCACAGUGGAAAGAGCCCAGUGCACAGUCCAGGAUCCAGAGAGGCUUCCAGGAGCUCUGAUCAAUGUGGCAAAUCACCUGGGUAACCUUAAGUUCAGAGUCUGGGAGAAGAUGAAGGAUAUUGUCCAGUAUUCUCCAGUGGUUCUGGACCCCAACACUGCACACCCACAGCUCAUCCUGUCUGAGGACCUGACCAGUGUGAGAUGUGGUGAUGAGAGACAGCAGCUUCCUAACAACCCAGAGAGAUUUGAAGCCCCAGUUGGUGUUCUGGGCUCAGAUGGAUUUAGGUCAGGGACACACCGGUGGGAUGUUGAGGUAGGAGACAGUCAGGAUUGGAUAAUUGGUGUGGCUGAAAGCUCUGUUGUCAAGAAGAGGUCCAAGUCAUACAGUUUCUCUGUUUUUUUCAAGAGGUCAAGUUGGUAUGUCCAAUGCUCUGGGGGUAAAUAUAAGGCAUCCCCUGCUGAGAAUUGUGAAACCCUCUGUAAGCUUAGUAUGCUGAGAAAGGUUAGAAUUGUUCUUAAUUUUGACUCUGGCGAAGUGACAUAUUCUAAUGCAUCUGGUACACUGUGCACUCAGAGAUACCCAGCUGAGAGGACAGUUUUCCCAUACUUUAGUACUCACAGCUCUUUGAAGAUCUUGCACUGGGAGGCAAAAGUGAGAGUAGAUCCCAAAAAAAUGUCGAAAUGUCCUGUAUCGUAGGAAUUUUUGACUUUUUAAAAACUUUUUAUUGUUUGACUAAUUGCAUGCUGUUUAUCUUUUCUAGUUCACCACCACUAAAAUUGUAAUUUUGAGAGCCAACCUAAUCAAGAUAUGUGUUAAUGACUUAAGAGCAAAAACUACAUUAGCCUAUUAUCUUACUACAUUACUACACUACUGUCUAAAUGCAUUAUUUUCCCCAUGUGAUCAGGUUAGAUUAACAUAAUUUGAGGUCAAUAUAUGAGAUCACAUCUUGUUUGGUGGCUUUAUUAGGUGUUGUGUGAUACAUAAAUGUGUUUACCCAUCUGUUAGCCAGGAUGUUUCUUUGCAAGAAUUUGUCUGUAGGUUUUUUUUUUGCACGUUUGGGGAAUAUUGGGGGGACAUGUAAUCUGUGUACAUUUAAGCCAAAAUUGUGAGAAUAGUUAAUCUGGAUAAUGGUGACAUUUUGUUAAUUGAACUUGAUCAAUACAUGCAUGUGUUCAUUGACGUGUUAAAUUUUGAGUGGUUUUCCUGCUGCAUUUGUAGACGUCAAACAAAUGUGUGACUGUUGAGGAGUUUUAGAGUGAAACUGUGGCUGCUGUUCCAAUUAGGUGGACACAGAAAUGUGCUAUUUACAACUGGCAGUCUGAUAUCUGAAACAGCUGGCGCCUGGCACUUGGAAGAGUUGAGAGUUAUCUCUUGGUCUGCGGGAGGAGAAUAUAUUGUUUAUCUCAUUGGAGCUGCUGAAGUGCUAACUCUGAACUCUCUCCGGCCUCUGAAGGUCAUUUGACAGAACGCAAUGUAGCCUACCCAGGCCUGACCUUCCGGAUACCAAACUGUCCAUAUGUGAUAUCCACACGUGAUAUGAGAGUUUUUAUAACCAUCAUUACUGUAGAUGAGGUGAUGGUGUCUUUCUUCAAGGUACACUGUGUAGGAUGGUGGCCAGGAGUAGGUAUUGCAACCAUGCUGCUCAUUGAAACUGUG